CAGGGCAGGGCAGGGCGCCGGGGUAGCCCGAGCGGCGGCGGACGAUGAACAAGCUCUACAUCGGCAACCUGAGCCCCGCUGUCACCGCCGACGACCUCCGGCAACUCUUCGGGGACAGGAAGCUGCCCCUGACCGGCCCCGUGCUGCUCAAGGCGGGUUACGCCUUCGUGGACUAUCCGGACCAGAACUGGGCCAUCCGCGCCAUCGAGACCCUGUCGGGUAAAGUGGAAUUACAUGGGAAGGUCAUGGAAGUUGAUUAUUCCGUCCCCAAAAAGCUGAGGGCGGAUCUUCGGCAAACUGAAGGAGGAGAAUUUCUUUAACCCCAAAGAAGAAGUAAAGCUUAAGGCUCACAUUCGAGUGCCCUCCUCAGCUGCCGGCCGCGUGAUUGGAAAAGGCGGCAAAACAGUGAAUGAAUUGCAAAACUUAACUAGUGCAGAAGUCAUUGUGCCCCGAGAUCAGACCCCCGACGAGAAUGAAGAAGUGAUCGUCAAGAUCAUCGGCCACUUCUUUGCCAGUCAGACGGCCCAGCGCAAGAUCAGGGAGAUUGUCCAGCAGGUGAAGCAGCAGGAGCAGAAGCAUCCUCAGGGAGCCGGGCCCUCGCCACCACAGCAGCAGCAGCAGCAGCAGCAGCGCACCAAGUGAGAGGCUGCCCCAGGUGCAGGCCAGCAAAGCCACAACAGAUGAAUGUAGCCCUUCCCAUGCCAGACAGAACAAGACCAAACAAAGACAGAUCGGGGAGCAAACCAAAGACCAUCCUGAGAAAUAAGGAGGCUGCCCAAGGCUGGGACUCUGCAGAAACCUUGAUAAAGCUUGCAUCCCAUGGCUGGGUGGCCCUGGGGAUAAGGUGGGAUCAGGAGCACAUGAUCAUCCAGAGGCUGGAACAGGUGUGCCUGUGCAUCCCCUUUGCCCCUCCCCCAAACACGGGUGCGUGUGUGCGCGUGUGUGCACAUGUGCACGCACACACAUGCAAACACAUAACACACGAAAACACAUACAUACACAAACACAUACCAGGCAGGGACCUGAACCACCUGCCCCCAAGGUUUCUGCAGGCCUCCCCGAUGAUACCCCCAUUACCCAUACAAUCUAACUCCCAUGACUCUAUCCCUUAAGUUGGACUAACAUAGGUGGACAUGUUCAAAACAAAGCUAAAUCCUCACCUGCUUUUUGGAAGAAAAACAAAAUUGGUUCUGUACAUACAUGUGUGUACACAUACAAGGGGUCAAGAAGUUCCACCACAUGUGCUACCAGGCCGUGCCUACAGCGUUCAUAUAUUGUAGAAGCGAUAUAUAUUUAUAACUCGACUAACUCCAAUUUAAAAACAAAUGAUUAAUUUUUUGUAUUUCCUUUGGAAGAGAAAACAGGCUUUUCUAGAGUUUAAAGUCACCCACUGAGAGAGCUAAAGGGGUAGAAGCAGCUUUAGAAAUGCCAGCACAAAAAUCGCAGAGGGGGAGGGGGCUUAGUCAGGAAGGUACUAACAGCACCGCGAAGUUGGGGAUCACCUGUGUGUGCCAACAGAAGGGAUACCGUCUUUGAGAAGAGGAAUCUGUCUCCCUUCAUCUGUAUACAGCUCACAUAUCCUUUCCUUUUUUUGCUUCACAGGUUCUAAAUUGGUUUUGCAUACAGCCAUAUAAUUGUGUCUCUUCCUCCCUCUCUCUGCUCCAGUUUUUCUUGCCCUCCUCCCCUCUCCCUUCAGUCCCUCUUCCUUCUCUCCUCUCUCCACACCCCCAGGCAAAGCAGUGCUCAGAGUAACACAUCACAGAAAAAAGAGAAAAAAAAAUCCAAGAGCCACAACUUCCACUUAGGCGAUUGGAUAGGGAAGUUAACAAUCUCAAUGGUACUCAUCCCAGCAAUCUUCAAAGGAAGGAAAAAAAAAUCCCACUCAGAAAAAAGAACACUUUUUGUCUUUUUUUCCAUCUUUAGGACAUAGCCAUCAAUGUGAGGGGAAGUAAUUUUCUUUCUUACAAACAAAUCAAAAACAAGUGGGGAGAAACAAAAAAAGAAAACUACCAGAGGUUGUUGGCCCAGGGCAUAGAAAUUGCAAAUUGAAAAAACAAAAACAAACAAAAAACAACUACCUCAGGUGUCUUUGUACCUCAGCACCUUGAUCUCGCGUUUCCCUUUUAGAGAUUUUGUACGCCUUGUAAACUGAGAGUUGGAGCAUUUUUUUUAUUUUUUUAAUAAAAUCAAGUUGGAAAAAAAUCAAGUCAGCCGCCAUCUAGGAGGUGACAUCUAGGGUGCGCCAACCAUUCUCAACUGUCCUUGGCUAGCUGAGAGCCAACGGCCUUCUUUAGGGCAGACCUGGAAAAAUGUUUAUUGAAAAAAAUGAUUAAAAGAAAAACAGGGAAAGAAAGGCUUAGCAACGUCCUGAGUGUGUUAAUAGGGUACGUGCCGUUAGGGUUUUCUGCGCUAAAGGAUGGACAUGUUACUGGUUUAUGUGAAAUUGCCAAUGUGCCAACAGACUGCAAUGCCAGUUUCCUCUACUGCAAACAGUGUUCUGUGAAAAAAACAAAAACACAAAAAAAUAACAAAAAACAAGCAAAAA